AUGCUCGGUCGAGGAUUGAUGCCAUUUUCCAUUGGCAACGACAUUUGUCAAAUCUCGAGGAUCCACAAAAUUAUCGCAUCCAAGGCACGACACAGAUUCGUCCAUCGCAUUCUCACCCCCGAGGAGCGCCAGCAACCCAGGGCUGUGAGGAUACUGGAGUGCAUACUCGACCAAGAACCCGAGGCUUCCACGGCUGUCGCGUCCAAAACUCCGUCUUGUGACAAUGCCCAACACCAUGCACAGCAACAGACGCAGGGCAGUCCCGCCUUGCGCAAAGCCGCGCAAUACAUGGCUGGCAGGUUCGCCGCGAAAGAGGCAGUGAUGAAGGCGCAUCCCCGUUCGCCGCGACUUACGUGGGACCAGAUCGUUAUCAGCACCGCUCCAGCAGACCCAAUUGCAGAACAUGAGCUAUUGCAGCAAGGUGGAAACCCGUCAAUCUCGACUGGACCACCGCAGGCACUGAUCAGAGGCAACGAUGUCUACGAUGACAUGAUUGCGCCUAUUAGCAUCAGUCACGAUGGCGACUAUGCUACUGCCGUCUGUCUGGGAUACCGCCAGGUUCCAAAAGCGCAAUAG